UCCUACCCGUUCUGCCAGGCGCGAGCUCCGUGCAGGAAACUGAAUUGUAGGUGAUGAUGGCGGAAGGAGAGCAGCGUUGAGUUGUCUCUGAGUUUUUAUUGUAACUGUAGAAACCUCUACUACAUCGUUUCUCUCCUCCUAAUCAUCUCCCGAGACGAUGGGGAAUGAAGGCAGCAUCGAGGGAGAGGGCCAGCCGGGACAGCCCGGCUCCACUGUUCCUUCUGCGAGUGCUCCGAUUUCCAUUUCAGCACCAGCGGGCUCUGGACAGCUCAUCAAGCCCAGCAAUGGUGCGCCAACAGGAGGUACAGGGGCCGGACCCGGCCCGGGGAUUAACAGCGUCUCUGGAAGACCCCCCAGCCAGACCCUGGGUCCAGCCCCAAGGCGGGGGUCCAGACUGGGCCUGGUACAGGGGACCGCCUGGCAUCCCAGGGGGAGCAGCAGGGCCAAGGCCACGCCGCCCGUAUGAACCUCCAGGUGGACGUGGGUAGUAGCAGGAUGGGACGGUCCCCGUCGGUGUCCCCCGCCAUCACCCCCACCUCCCCCUACUCUGUGCCCCAGAUCGCCCCCAUGCCCAGCAGCAAGCUGUGCCCCGUCUGUAAGACAGCUGACCUGACGGGCACCACGGAGGACAACCAGCCAAACUGCAGCACCUGCACCCAGUGCCGAUCCAUGGUGUGCAACCAGUGUGGCUUCAACCCCAACCCGCACCUCACCGAGGUCCAGGAGUGGCUGUGUCUGAACUGCCAGAUGCAGAGAGCUUUGGGAAUGGACAUGGAGACACCUCGCUCCAAGAGCCAGCAGCAGAUCCACUCUCCGUCCCACCAAGCCAAACCAGAGCCCAUCUCUGAACCUCAAACUCAGCCCCCACCCCAGCCCCAGGCCCAACCUCAGCCCCAGUCCCAAGCCCCACCUCAGGCACAGCCUCUAACCCAGCACCAGGCUCCGACACAAGCCCAGCCCCCACCAGGCCCUAACAGACAGACUGGUCCAGGCCCAGGCCAGACCCCUCAGCAGCAUAGAGGUCCAGGGGGUCCAGUUCCAGCCCAGGGCCAGGGUCAGGGUGGGGCUCGUCUCCCCCCAGGAGCCAUCCCUCUCCCAGGCAUGGCCAAAGCCCCGUCACAGCCUGACCUCCGUGGCUCUCCCGCCCACCAGCCCCUGCCCCUCCGCCAGGACCACACCCGCAGCGCAGGGAGCUCCCCAUCCCGCCAGCCCCCGCCCCCGGCCGCCGCCCCCGAGCAGACCUUUGGAAAGCUGUUUGGAGGCUUUGGUGGCUUCGGUGCAUCCCUCCUCAACCAGGCCAGCACCCUCAUAUCAGUGGACCCGGUACCCACCCCGCCCCAGCAGCAGCAACAUCCCCCCAAACCUGCCCCUAAACCAGCCGGACCCCAAGAACCUGCAGCUGGGGCAGGGAAACCAUCAGGACCCCAUCCAGGCCAACAUGGACCCCAUGCACCCCAACAGGGCCCCCAUGCACCCCAACAGGGAUCCCAUGCACCCCAACAGGGCCCCCAUGCACCCCAACAGGGCCCCCAUGCACCCCAACAGGGCCCCCAUGCACCCCAACAGGGACCCCAUGCACCUCAAAAGGGCCCCCAUGCACCCCAACAGGGAUCCCAUGCACCCCAACAGGGAUCCCAUGCACCCCAACAGGGCCCCCAUGCACCCCAACAGGGCCCCCAGGCACCCCAACAGGGCCCCCAUGCACCCCAACAGGGCCCCCAUGCACCCCAACAGGGACCCCAUGCACCUCCCCAGCAGCAGCAGCAACAUCAGCAGGAUAAAGGUGUCUACUGUCCCCUGUGUAAGACCAGUCUGAAUGUGGGCUUGACGGCCCAACCACCCAACUACAACACCUGUACCCAGUGCCACGCCCAGGUCUGCAACCUGUGUGGAUUCAACCCUGCACCGCACCUGGAGAAUAAAGAAUGGCUCUGCCUGAACUGCCAGACCCAGAGAGCUUUGUCUGGGGCCCUGGGAGACGCUCCACUUCCUGUUCCUCAGCCAAUGGGAUCCCCACUGCACUCAGCUCCAGCCAAUCAACAACAGCCUCAGCAGAGAGGGCCCAAUCAGCAGGCAGGGCUACGGCCCACUGAUCCUCAACAGCAACAAAAACCACUGGCUGCCCAAGAUUCCAACAAGUCCAGCACACAGAGCCUCAGUGACACGGGAUACUCCUCAGAUGGGAUCUCCGGCUCCGUGGGCGAGAUCACAGGCCAUAUCUGUGAAGAUCCGGGGUUAAAGCUGAGUGAACGUAGCCUCUCCAGCCCCUCUGAGAUCACUAAGCUAGAGAGCUCCAUGCGGCCACUGCUAGAGUCCAAGUCCAAGACCGCUACAGACCAGGGCGGGGAGAACAACUCUGAAGGGGAGGUGUCGGACGAUCUCAGCUCCAAGCUGCGCCACGACUAUGUGGAGGACAGCAGCGAGAGUGGUCUGUCCCCCUUACCGCCCAGGCAGAAGAAGUCCCAUAAAGAAAUGACAGAUGAGGAGUUCAUGAGGAGGCAGAUCAUGGAAAUGAGCGCUGACGAGGAUGAGGAGGAAGAGGAGGAGGAAGGAUACGGCUACCAGAAAACUAAAAACAAAAAGGAUUUGGGGAAGGAGAAACGACGCAGCCUCACCCACCAUUCCAGUAGUUUUGAGGAGGACACCAAGGGGGUAGAUGGCGAAGACGAUGCAGGUAUGAUGGCUUCCCAAGGAGGCCUGCGGCGGUUUAAGACCAUUGAGCUGAACAACUCAGAGCAUGACCUCAGAGAGCCAGAGCUGGAGAUGGAGAGUCUGACUGGAUCACCAGAGGAGCGGUCGAGGGGGGAGUAUUCAUCCACCCUCCCUGCCACAACUCCCAGUUACACAUCUGGCACGUCCCCUACCUCCGUGUCCUCCAUGGAGGAUGACAGUGACAGCAGCCCCAGCCGCAGGCAGAGACUGGAGGAAGCCAAGCAGCAGAGGAAGGCUCGCCACCGCUCCCACGGCCCACUCCUGCCCACCAUCGAGGACUCAUCCGAGGAAGACGAGCUGAGAGAGGAAGAGGAGCUUCUGAGAGAGCAGGAGAAGAUGAGAGAUCUGGACCUGCAGAGGAUCCGCAGUACAGCCAGGAAAACCAAGAGGGACAAAGAGGAGCUAAGGGCCCAGAGACGUAGAGAGAGAUCCAAGACUCCCCCCAGCAACCUCUCGCCCAUCGAGGAUGCAUCCCCGACAGAGGAGUUGAGACAGGCAGCAGAGAUGGAGGAGCUCCACAGAUCCUCCUGCUCCGAGUAUUCCCCUUCCAUGGACUCAGAGGCAGAGGGCUUUGAAAUGAUGGGCUCCAAGCUCUACAAGUCAGGAAGCCACCACAACCUACCCACCUUCAUGUCUCUCUACUCCCCCACUGAAAAACAUACUGCCACUUCACCGUUGGACAAGACACUGAAAAGUGCAGAGGAGGUGUAUGAAGAAAUUAUGAGGAAAGCAGAGAUGCAGCAGCAGAGACAGCCAGAAAGGCCAGGCCAACAACAAGGAAGUCGGCAAAGGCAACCGCUUGGGGCACCUCAGCCUAGCAGCAAACAAAAUCUAGGCACUGAAGCACCUCUAACCCCUGGCUCCAGCCCCACACAAAUCUCUGCACCUGUUUCCUUCUCCUCAAACGACACACGUGGGGCUGGAAAAGGGGUCCCACCAGGAAUCAGUGUGACACAGCAUCUAUCAAAAGAAACCCAAGACCGGAUGAGGACGCAGACUACCAAAAUAGGGGGUGUUAUCCCCCCAGUGGCUGGAAGACCAGGUCCUCAGGGACCAGCACAGGGGGCGCCUCCUCCUGACUCUGGAGCACCCUCCAUCGCAUCCUCCCUCUUCUCCUAUUUCAAAGGCCCCAGUCCUCCUGUUUCCCCUUCCCCCUCUCCCUCACAGAGUCCCACUCAUUCCCUGUCCCUACGACCUACAGGGCCUGGGGUGUCCCCACAACAUUCUCAGCCUGGCGCUGGUGGCGCCACCUCCCCAGUACCACCGCAACAACAUGGAGCCCAGAUGCCUCGAAGAACAGCAUCGCCACGCCUUGCAAGACAACAGUCCUCCUCCGACUCACCAGUAAUGGGGAUAACGCUGGGCUCUGAGACCACCACCAGUCCUGCCAGGCCUCUGACUGUAAACUCCUCCACUUCUCCCCUGUCCUCGCCAACACAGGCUAUCCAUCAACCCAUGUAUCAGCAAUAUAUUCCUUCAACAAGCUCUCCAACGUCCCCACAAAUGCAUCUAUCUCAACAAUCCCCACAACAUGGUUUACAGAGGCCCCAAAAUGCAGAGAGGGUUAAUAUUGGUUUAAGCAUGACAAUGACAACCACAGCUACCACAUACAGUCAUGGGUCAAUAUCAAUGGAAAAUAUCUCCCUAUGUAGGAUCUCCAAUGUCCCAGGUACCUCUAGGGUCGUAGAGCAGGGCCAAAUGCAAAUGCGUCCGACUGGACCUGCAUCUGUAGUGGACCUGAGAGCACCAAUGAAGGCCGCCCCAAUCAUCAUGACAGACCAGGGCAUGGAUCUAACAUCUCUGGCAACUGAUACAAGAAGGUAUUCCCUCGAUGCUGAACAACACCCCAACCAUCACAAUUCGGUGCAGCCACUGAAUGCUGCCGUGAACCUGAAUGCACAAGAGCAGCCGCACGUUUCGGCGUCCACUCCAACAACAGUUAGUGUCACCGUGGCAGCCUCCAUGUUUAUAUCUCAGCCGAAGGGGCAUCCAGUGAUUUACGGAGAUCCCCUGCAGAACCGUAUGGAUCUGGGGCAAGGCGUUGGGUCAGCAAUGUGUCUAACACAAACUAAGCCACCCAUUACUGACCCAUCCAUUCCUAAGAUUGAUGCGUGUCUGGAGGACCUGGGCAUCCAGCAGCAGCAGCUCCAGAUGCAGCAGCAGAAGCUCCUACAGCAACAACAGCUCCUCGAGCAGCAGCUCCAGCAGCACCAGCAGUCUUCCUUUGCUCGCUAUAACCUAGCGAACCAGGUCCAGCCGCUGUUGCUGAAGAAAGACCUGGUGGUUAGCCAGACGAGCAGUGGCAGUGCCCAGCCUGUGGUCAGUGUGAUUCCUAGAGUAUCUCCCAUGCCGUCCCAGCCAGCGUCUAUAGUUCUACCUCCCUCUAACAAUCAUCAUGACUAUGGUCAGAGUGGGCUUGCCUUGGAGUUGAAGAACAAGCCCACAGUUAUCAACCUGUCCACGGGAAAGCCCCAUGUCAUGAUGGUCCAACUGGAACAUAGCAAUGCCUCUCAGAUGGCCACUGUAACUCAGCUGGUCAAAGAGCCUCCUCUUCCUCCCCAGGUCCUGGAUCUCACUGGUGGACAGAUACAGAAACCAGAGAACCAAGUGGCUUGUUGUGACGUUGUUUACAAGCUACCCUUUGCUGGUAGCUGUGCAGGUAACUUAACUCAGAAAAAUUCUACCACUGAAUCUUCCCAAGUCACUCUUCCUGCACCACACUACAGUGUAGGCCAACAGCAGCAGAAACAACAGCCGCAACAACAGCAACAACAACCACCACCUGGUAAUAAUGGCUACCAGACAGCAAGCAUGCAAGGAGCACCAGAGGAGCGUAAACCGAUGCAGGGAGUCCCUCUAUACCCUAUACCCCCUGGAGGCAGGCUUCAACCUUCCAUGUCUGACACCAACCUGUCUAAUACAGGUCUUCAGUACUAUCAGAGGACUGACUCUGGGGACCUAGCAGUGGAUCUGAGCACCAUGAAUCAGGCCUAUGAAGGAGGAUAUCUUGGCAUGGGUGCACAAUACGGAUCCUACACAGACUUACGUCAUCAAGGAGAUGCUGCAGGUCCUCCCUUGCCCCUGCGAAGGUACGGCUCCAUGUCCAACAUCAACCAAGACUACGGCUAUGGUCAGGCAGGUUUACCGGACGCCAACCUGGCACAGUAUAGUGCCACCACUGCCAGGGAGAUCAGCCGAAUGUGUGCAGCUCUGAACUCUAUGGACCAGUUCGGUCAACGGUACAGCAACCCUGAGAUGAUGCAGUAUGGUUCUGGAAGUGGAGCAGGGCCUGCAGCCAGGCUCAACCUACAGCAAAGCUUAGCAUCAAUCCGAGCCAACCUACUCUAUGGCCCUGAUGGGAGGCCCACUGCACACUGCCAAGCCCUAACCAAUCUGAUCAAUGCCAGACAAGCAAGCAUACGGGCCUUAUAUCCAUCUGCAAUGAGAGGAGCUGACGGUAUGACAUAUUCCACCAUCAACACCCCAAUAGCCUCUACCUUGCCAAUAACCACCCAGCCCUCCUCUGUUCUGCAACCCAUGCCACAAGGAAUAUACCGACCUUACCCUGCAGGCGUGACCGCUGUACCACUGGCGAGCCUCACCAGGUUGCCUCAUAUGACCCCAAAGAUGCCUCUGUCCACACAGGGACAUUAUGGUUACCCUCCUCCCAACCAGUUCCCUACAAUGGCUGGUGUUCCUGGAAGUGUGCCUGCCAUGAGCACCUCCACCCAAGAAGCUCCUGUCUACCUUGGGAAGCCUUCUGCAGCCGUCUCUGUGCACACCGCUGCAACCUUACCACUGGCCCAGCCAAUUUCUCAUAUGGGUGGACAAACUACUGCAAUGCCAAUUCAGUCUGCAGUGGUCCCUGCAAACCAACAGACCCCCCAAACUCAAAUCCAAGCACAGAAUAUUACGACGCACCCCCAUACUCAAACUCAUAUGCAAGUCCAAAUGCAGCAACAAAUGCAGCAACAAAUACAGCAACAAAUACAGCAACAAAUGCAAACUCAAAUGCAACAACAAAUAGAAACUCAAGCUUCAUUUCUGACUCAAACCCAGUCUCAGCCUAUAACUCAGCCUGAUCCACAGGUUCUAGUGCAGCCCCAUCUGCAGACCACUCGCCAGACUGCUUCUACUGCAGCAGCCAGCACCACUAUCGCCACUUCGGGCGACCCAGAGCUGGAAAAGGUAGAGGAGCGUUUGAGACAGCAACAGGAGCAGAUGCUGCAGAUGGAGCGAGAGCGUGUGGAGCUGGAGAAACUUCGGCAGAUGCGCCUGCAUGAGGAACUGGAGCGAGACCGCAUGGAGCUCCAGAGGCACAGGGAGAAAGAACAAAUGCUGGUGCAGCGCGAGAUUCAGGAGCUGCACACCAUCAAACAGCAUGUCCUGCAUCAGCAACAAUCAGAGAGGGAGACCCAGCUGGUCAUGCAGAGGGAACAGCUAGCCCAACAGAGGAUGCAACUGGACCAGAUCCAGUCGCUGCAGCAGCAGCUCCAGCAGCAGUUGGAGGAGCAGAAGAGGCAGAAGACUGCAGUAGUGGUGGCAUCGGCCGCAGCAGCCGCUGCAUCCGCAGCAGCAUCUGCUGCAGCCACUUCCACUCAAGGUGCCAUACAAGGGGUAGUAGUCGGAGGAAUAACCCCUCAAGGUGCCAUACAAGGGGUAGUAGUUGGAGGAGGAACCCCUCAAGGUGCCAUACAAGGGGUAGUAGUCGGAGGAGGAGGAACUCCUCAAGGUUUCAUCAUCUGUGACCAGAGUGGUAGGGUGAUUCAACAGGACGGCCAAAGUGUACAGUUCUGGCAACCCCACAUGGAAGGGCAGGUGGUCCAAGCAGUGGUGACCCCAAGGCCCAUACCAAGCUCUGCCUCUGAGAUGUCCUUGAGAAACAGUGAGAAUCAGUUGGGGUCCAGGAUCAUGAAGAAGCAAAACUCUAUGCCUCGUCUUAGGGAUGGAUCAGAGGAGGAGCUGGUGAGGAGGAUUGCAGAUAGCUGCGUGCAGACGGACGAUGAAGAGGGUGAGGACAGGUACAUGAACCGCAGGGGCAGGAGAACCAGGCGGAUCGCCGACUGCAGCGUCCAGACAGACGACGAGGAUCAGGCAGCUUGGGAGCAACCGGUUAGGCGCAGGAGAUCGCGCUUAUCCAAACAUUCAGACUCUAGCAGCGAGGUCAAAUCCGAUGGAACCGCCAAAGUGUCCUCCUCUAGCAUAGCCAUUCAGACCAACAACGACUCCUCAUGCCAGACUGAGGCCGACCAGUUGGGCAGGAUCUCACCUGCAAUCCACAUCACUGCGGCUGAGACAAAUAAGGUGGAGCUGCUUCACUACAUCUCUGCCCCAGAGAGGACCCAUAAGGGUGAGAGCUUGGCCUGUCAGACAGAACCGGAGGCCCAGUCUCAGGGGGUGGUGGCCCCUCAGCUCAGCGUCCCCACCACCAUCAGCCCAUAUUCCACCUCUAUGCAGAUGGUGGGCUCCACCCCACCUCCUCCCCAAGGGGUGGCUAAGUUUGAAAGGAGGAAACCCGACCCCCUGGAUAUCAACUACCAAAGCCAGCAGCAGAACGAGUCCCCAUCUCGCCAGCCUCCCAAGUCUCCCCAGGUGCUGUACUCCCCUGUGUCCCCGCUGUCGCCCCAUCGGAUGCUGGAAACCACCUUCGCCUCCCAGGAGAAGCUCAACAAGGCGCACGUCACGCCCCAACAGAAAGCUUUCACUGCAGAGUCUCCUCAGCGUCACCAGAGCCUCCCCAGACCUAUCAAGAGUGUGCAGCGCUCCAUGUCGGACCCCAAACCCCUCAGCCCCACCUCAGAAGACCCUGCCAAGAACAGGUUCUCCCCUUACCAUCAGCAGGCCCUCUCCAACAGUCAGAUGGCCACCCUGCAGCAGCAGCAGAACUCUCUGAUGAGAAAGGUGAAGAGGACCCUGCCCAGCCCGCCUCCAGAGGAGAGCCCUCUCCCCAUCGUCACCCCAGCCAUGUCCCACAUGUACAGCAGCUCUCCGGGGAUGCAGCCCCAGAGGGUGCUGCCCAGGCCUGCCCAGGGGGUCACCAAGGCCGGCCUGCUGAGCGAGCUGAAGGCCGUGGAGCAGGAGUCCACCAAGCUCCGCAAGCAGCAGCAGGAGCUAGAGGAGGAGGAGAAGGAGAUUGACGCCAAGCUGCGGUACCUGGAACUGGGCAUCCAUCAGCGCAAGGAGACCCUGGUGAAGGAGAGGGAGAGGAGGGAGCUGGCCUACAUGCGCUGCAUGGGUGAUGCCCGCGACUACAUGUCAGACACCGAGCUCAAUAACCUAAGGAUGGUGGCGGCCACGGGAACGUUCGACGGUAAUGGUCUGCUGACGAGGCCCAGCACGGCGCCGCUGAGCCAGUUCCCCAACGACCUCGGCCCAGCCUCCCAGUACCCGCCCACCUCCUCCUACAUGGCCUAUCAGUACCCACAGAGCCAGCCCACGCCCACACAGCAGCCAACCGCUGCUUACCAACAGAUCGGUUUCCAGCCCCCUCAAUACCCUACAGCCUCCCAGCCCCAGCCAGGCACCUUCCAGCCCCACCCACCCCAAGGCCCAGGCUACCAGACCCAGCCAAGCUACCCAGCCCACGGGGGCUACGGCCAGCCUUCCUACCCGACAGACCUGGGCAUGCAGCAGCAUGGCCACCAGGGUUUCCAGCCUCCCAACCCCUCUAUCCCGGGCCAGAACCUCCCCUACCAAGGCCAGAGCCCAUAUUCUGGCCAGGGCAUGUCCUUCCAGCCACAGGCUGAGAUCCUCACGGUCCACCAGAGGCCUCAUCAGACCUCCCUGGCUGACCUGGAACAGAAGGUGCCCACCAACUACGAGGUGAUCAGUAACUCUGCCGUGUCGGUGGCCACAUCAGCUCCAGACACCGGCUUUGGCUCAGUCUAUACCUCCAACACCAUGCCCAAUGCCUAUGGGCAGUACCGCCCCCCGGAGCCAGUCCUGACCCACGGUGUGGACAGCCCCACAUCGGCCUACGCUGCAGACGGCCUCUACACCGCAAACCUGGAGCAGAACAUCCCCAGGAACUACGUCAUGAUCGACGACAUCAGCGAGCUGACCAAAGAGAACACAUGCUCGUCUGUUGACGUUCUGGGACAUCCUGUUGCAGGACGCUAUGGUGAGAAUGGCCCUGUGCGCCAAACUGGCUACGGCAAUGAGCCUGUGGACCCGUACAUGUCUGCAGGCACAACAGGCUACCACCAGCAGGGCUCUGUGGACCCCCGGAUCAGCACCACUGUAGGUGGUGGGGGAUCUUCUUAUUACUAUGAUGACUAUAAUAAACUUCCCAGCACAACACGCCCAGGGGGCCCGGGGACCCAGAAACACCCAUCCAAGAACCUGGCUCCCGCCGUUGUCUCCUCCAGUAAGCGCAGCAAGCACAGAAAGCAGGGCAUGGAGCAGAAGAUCUCCAAGUUCUCCCCCAUCGAGGAGGCGCGGGACGUGGAGUCAGACCUGGCCUCUUAUACCAUGACCACCUCCACCGGCGGCAGCUGCACGGUGGUGUCUCGGUCCGGGGUGAAGAAGAGCGGCUACGACCAGCGGAAGUACUAUGGUGGCCACCCGGGAAGCCGGGAAGCACUGGAAGAGGAGGACCGGAUGUACGGCUCGGGGUGGUCCCGGUCUACUGGCUACGGCAUGGACAAGAUCUCCUCCAGGGACUCCACCAGGACCAAGUCCUACGAGAGGGAAGCCAUGGAGCGGUCUCAGAGAGGCGGUGGCGGACGGCCUGGACUGCGCACCCAUAACUCAGAGGAGGAGAGCCCCCUCAGCCCCGUUGGGAAGCCUGUGGGGGUCGGACGAGGUGGCACAGGGGUACCAGUGGACCCCCAUGACGUGAGGAACCAGUACGGCUCCAGCCACUCCCUGCCGGAUGUCCAGGACCACCACAUGAAGGACCUGCCCAGGAGCCACGUGUACAAGCCAGAUGACCCGUAUCUCGUAGACGAUCAGCACGCUGCUGUGUCGGACAGUGAAGCCUAUCAUCUGGGUCAGGAGGAGACGGACUGGUUUGAGAAGCCAAGGGAGGCUCGCUCCAACCGCUCCAGACACCAUGGGAGCGCAGGGCACAUCUCCACUGGUAGACAACAGACCAGCGCCAACGUGAAGCACACCUACCAUGACUAUGAUGAGCCUCCCGAAGAGCACGACCUGUGGCCUCAGGACGAGUACAACAACCAACCUCGCCACCCCUCGUCCACCUCAUCAUCCCGCGACCACCGCGGUCACCUUGGCAGCAGCGGCGGCAGCUCGGGGAGGCACUCCUCUUCCCGCCACUCCGGUGAGGAGCCUCGGACGUCCAGCCGCUCCUCCAGAACACACCCCAAAGACCAAUCCGCCCGCUCUGAGGGCCGUGGAUCCUCCUCCACCCAGAAGAGGGGAGGCUCGGAACCCCGCUCCUCCCGGGAUGGUUACCGGGACUCUGGAGACUACUCCUCUCGUGACCCGGCCUCCGGCCACCACCGUGAGGGCACCAGUGGCAGGGGUCAGAAGCUGCCAGGCUCGUCCUCCAGGAGACAGGAAGGGGUUCCUUCUGCAGUGGCCAAGCAGGGUCUGGGGCAACAGCCCCAGGGGGGUCCAGGCGGGCAGCAACAACAGCCCCAGGGGGGUCCAGGCGGGCAGCAGCAACAGCCCCUUUCAGGCAGACAGCCUGGGUCCCAGGGGCCAGACGGGGGCCAACCGGCCCAGCAACCUGGCCAGCAGCAGCAACGAACCCAGCAGCAGCAGCAGCCUCCACAGCAGAGCCAGCCUUCCCAGAUCAUAGCCGGGGGCCCUCAGGCCACUCCAGUCACUGCAGGGCCAGGACCCAUGGCAGGACCCAUGGCAGGACCAGGGCCGGCACAACAGCAGGCUAAACCUGGCCAGACUCCGGCACAAGGCCGGCAGCCAGCUGGACCUACCGCAGGCCAGCCAACAACCACAGCCAUGACUUUUGCCACACCUGCAGCAGCUAUUGGGGGGAUGAAACCUGCAGCAACGAUUGGGGGGGCAGCAGUAGCAGCACAGCCACCCAAGACAGCUACACCACCCCUCACAGGCAUCGGCUCUAAAGCAACCCCCCCUGGAGGGAUAGGUAGCAGGCCUGGUGGGAUCGGCAGUGCAGCGGCAGGCCAGCCCCCAGCGGAGGGCGUCAAUGUUCUCACCAAUAUCCUGGGAGGGGCGGGAGGGGCAGCUGAACAGGCGGGGAAACUGGGAGAUGCUAUUUCUGGCCUCGGGAAGAAGUUCACUUCAUUUUGGUGAACGGAAGAAAGGAGGGGUAUGAGGAGUUGCGAUGGAGGGGGAUUGGAGGCUUGGUACUAGUAAAAUCUAUGAAACUGUUUUCGGCAUUUUAUACAUUUCGCUAUCACAACGAAGCGGAGAAGGAGGAGGUGGGUAUCUGAGAGCAUCAGUGAGUAUCUCAUGAAAUAAAUACAUGUCUUUACA